AUCUCCAUAUGCUUUGCACUAUCAUCCACGAGAUAGGGGGCAGGAAUGUCGCUUCUGAUUCUGUUACCAAUGGCAUCCGCAAUGACAGGCUCGAGCGCCACACAAACAACUGUCGACAAGAACUGCGACGCAGAGCAACAGCUCCGCUAGGAGAGUCUGGUGGGUGAACUAGACGCCGGGGAGUGAGACGCGGAUUCCUGGGGACUCGCGUCUCCCUCUCUUUCUAUUUUUCCGUCCCGGGUGGAAAAUAAUAUCGCAAAAAUAAUUAAUAUCUCGUGACAGCGGGGGGAAAACACAAAUGGAAGGAGCCCAGACAGCUCUCAUUAACAGAGGAGACACCGGUCCGUACAUGAAGCUGCUGCCGGGAAAGGAUCUGUACAACUAUGGGACACAGGACGAGUCGAGCUACGUGGAGCUGGACAACGUGCUCGACAUGAAGUCGGAGGGCACGAGAACUCUGAAGGUAAUGCUUGCCGGCGACAGUAACCAGCUGGGGAUUUUUAAAUGCAAGGGCGACGCACCGAUCGCGGCAGACGGAGGUCCAAGUGAAUGCGAACUGAAUUUGACUAGUCUCCCCGGCAAAGACUGUGAAUCCAGCCACAAGAAAUAUGUAGCGGGCGAGACAACGGAAAUGUGCGUCGUGGACGAUUUCUGCUACUCGGAGCCAGUGUCCCCGUCCGUAGUCCCUAACAGCAACAGCGAUUUUGGGGACAGUCCCGUUUGUCCCGACGCCAUAACGGGACCUCACACCGAAAUUGUACCCUUAAAUGUAAAAGACCCUUGCCACUUAAAAGAUGUUUCCUCAAAGAUUGAGGAGUUACAAUACACGGAUAUGUAUCUUUAUAAAACGUGUGAAUCAGAGGACUGUGAAAGCGUGGUUUUAUCCGAUCGCAACGAUUUGGGUAGCAUGGAGGACGAGUCCCAUUUUAUUACGACACACGAAAUACAGCUGACAGAAUUAGACCACGACGUCGACGGUGAUUUUGAGCUGGAAUCCUGCGGCGACGUUGACGACGACAACCUGGUCUAUUCGUUCGUCGAUUACGCUUCUUUUGACAGUGACGAGACGAUAGGAGCCGACAUAGAAGACGACGGGAGCCUCGCGCCAGUGAGCAGUGAUCAGGCGCUGUCCGAUAACACGGCCCCUUGCCCCGCGAGCGCGCCAGUGGUCAGCACCAAGCACGAAAAAGACCGGGGCGACCUGGACAAAUGCGGCAGCUCCGACGAAAGUCUGUCGAAGGCUUUUCAAAACGGCGAAGGUAAUUCUGCGGGACAGAUUCACCUGUCAAUCAAAACAACUUCCAGAGCUAUAAAUAAGUCCUCCAGCGGCAAAGAAACGGAAAACACCAGCUUUCUUGCCAAGCACGAGGGGGACUGGAGCCGCUAUGUUUUUAAAACCAAGGACGGUAAAGGCGAUGGGACGAGCGGCAGGGCGAAUUGUUUUAUCCCAGCACCCGGGCGCGUGCACUUCGGUAGAAAGUUAAAGGGAAGGGACUUUGAGUACUCCAGCGGGGCUUCCAGUUCAGUUAGUGAGCUGGACGACGCCGAUAAGGAAGUGCGCAAUUUGACUGCCAGGGCGUUUAAGAGUUUAGCUUGCCCUUACUUCGAUGCGAUCAGUUUGAGCGCCUCCAGUGAGUCAUCUGUCUCAGAACACGGGCAGGGCAUCAGCAGCUGGUCAGCGUACACAGGCGGCCACAAACUACUCGCCCAGAAAACUUUUCAAGCGAGUAAGAAUGCUGCCGGUAAAGGCAUCAUUGGGUAUACACAGGCUAAAUUAAAUUCGCUCUUUGCUGUGAAUGGCUGCUUUUCAAACGCCCAAAAAGCAUCAUCUACCGCCAAAAAGGUAGAAUUCAAGGGUCAACUUGGCCAAGAGGAGAAUGCGAUUAUAACUUUGGCUGAAACCGUGAAUUUCCGUUGCAAGGUAAACGCCGGGGAUGCUGAGAGCGAAAGGCGCGCGAAAAUCGCAGAAACGGCUACAGGAUCAAGUUCCAUAGAUGAAAAUACCGGCGCUCUGCCAAACGAACAGGGCAGCGAGGCCAACAGCCAUGCCCGCGAAACGGCGGAAGCCACGGACAGCUCACACAAAAAGGCAAUAUUCGCAUCCAGUCUUCUCCAGAAUAUCAUUUCCAAAAAAAUGCAAUUUGAGCGCAAAAUGGAACGGGGCGGAACACAGACCAAGGAGCACGAGGAGAACGCGGAGACGGACGCAGCCAGAGAGUCGCGGGACUCGCCGACACAAAACUCCAAAACCUCCGAGGCUGUCGCCCUGGAGGAAAGUUCGAGACAGGACGCGCCGGCUCCUGCACCGGAAACCAAACCGGAGCAGAGGAGCGACGCUACUUCGGAAGCUGCGCGAGGCGCGUUGCUGCCGAGUGAAAACAGCGCGUUCAGAACGUGGAGGAACGGAGUGGCCGGCAAACCAGACGAGACGGGAAAGCCCGCCUCUUGCGCCAACGGCGCGGGGGAGAUUAACAUCGACCUGAAAGCAGGAAGCGCAAAGUUUAACAGAACGUCUCAGCUGUUUGUGACUAAAAUUCAGCCGCAGCCCAAAGGGCAGGAACCUGGAAAGCAGGGGCCCAGCAAUAAUAGCUCCGCGCGCCCCGCCGCAGAGCGGGGAGAAGGAGGGGGGUGGAGACUGCGCCCGGGCAACAGACCGGGAAUGGCGAGAGGUUUCCCGACACCACGAUCACCCGAGAUCAAAAUAAGCGUGCGCACCGUGAACGACAACAAAGCCAAGCCCUUCAACAUCGCCAGCCUGCUGACCCCCAACAUCGGCUUCAGCUCGGCCGGUCAGGCGCGGCCGGGCGACGGCUGCAGGCCCCGGGCACUGAUCGCGUCGCUGCAGGGAGAGUGGGCGGAGCGAGUGCCGCACUUCAUGGUGCGGGACGUCCGGGACAACAAGUACAAGCUGCUGACGCCCAUCCACCAGGUCAGGGACAUGCGCAAACUGGUCAAGAGCUCUUACCACUUCGUCUCCGUGGACAGCCAGGGCAAGGGCGCCGCCGCCUCCUCCGGCGUCCGCGGGGAGCAGACGGGCGGGGAGAGGAAGAGCAUGGCGCUCUUCUCCCCCAUGGUGAUAAAGUGCCAGUCCGUCAACACCAACAGCCGGCCGGACCUGAACAGGCCCGGCCACGUGCUCAAGGCCUUCAGGCGCCGGCCUCCCGUCAUCGAGGAAGCCGCCGAGCCCGAGAGGUCCCCCCCCCCGCCGCCGCCGCCGCCCGCAGAGAGCACCCCGAACUGCGCUGACCCCCCCCGGCGGAAAGCCGGCCCGCCCCCCUCGGUCUCCGCCCCCAAGCAGUCAAACGGCGACCUGCCCGAAACACCGCAGAAGCAGAAGCAGGACUCCGUCGCCAAUGGCAACGCUAACUCCAACGGCAGCGCUAACGCUAACGCUAGCGGCGGCGGCGACAGGAAGCCGGAGUCGAAGGCGGGCAAGGCGGCGGCGCUGGAGAAGCUGCAGGCGGCCGUGCGCACGAUGGAGGAGCUGUACGUGUUCGACAGGUACGAGUGGAAGCGCCGGACGCAGGCGCCGCAGCCCGUGACCGACAGCCACGUGCUGUCCCUCAUCACCCGCGAGGAGCACGGCCAGCCGGGAGCCCCGGCAGGAAGUGACACGCCCUACCCCGCCGAGCGCACGCCGGAGCCGCCCGCCAGGAAGACCCCGCCGAAAAGCCCACCGCCGCAGCAGCGCGGCGUCUUCAGCAGCAGGAGCGCGCCGGGCGCAGGAAACGGGCGCAAGACUCCGCCCCGCGCCACCGCCGCCGCUAACACAGCACCGCAGCCUCAUCCCGCGCCCGCGGCCGCCAAGAGCUUCCCGCCCAAGGCCGCCAAGCUGCCCGUGUCGCUGAAGAUAACCCAGCCGAAAUGCGCGGUGGAGGAGCAGGACGUGCCCGGCGGCACCGAGGCUCAGCCGGGGCAGCCCACCGGGGCCGACUGCGGGGGAAACUACCUCACCAUCCCCGUCCAGCAGCCCGCGCCGGGCCGAGCCCAGGCGCUCACACAGCCCGCGCCCGCGGGGUCCGAGCCGGGCCAGGACCGGGCCGCCGCACGGUCGGCCUCGCCCCCCGGCGCCAAACCUGGAGCCCCCGACCCGGCCUCCUCCCCUGGGCUGCCCGUCGCCGUGGGAACGCAGACCCCGGAACCUCCCGCCGCCGCCGCCGUCUACCAGCCGACCCUGGCGAUAGCGUCGCCGGCCGGCCUGGCCCAGGUCAUGUGCUUCCCCCAGGCUGUGCCCCUACAGGCCACGCCCCCGUUGCCGGCUCCGCCCCCGGCUGACCCCGCCCAGCAGACGCAGAGGAAGAUGCUGCUGGACCCCACCACGGGCCAGUUCUACCUGGUGGACACGCCCGUUUCCCCGGCAACCCGCAAGCUCUACGACCCCGAGACGGGGCAGUACAUGGACGUCCCCGCCCCGCUCCAGCCCGCCACGCCCGUCUCCCUGCCCCUGUCCCCCCUCUCGCCCCUGUCCCCCCUGGCGGCUGCGGCCGCCCUCAGCCCCAGCCCCUACGCCACCCCCACGUACGUGAUCUACCCCAGCUUCCUGCCUUCCCCCACCUGCGCCGCCAACACCCCCCCCUCCCGGACUCUGCGCUCGCGGCUGUCCACGCACUCGGACGGCGGCGGUAGUGGCGGCGACGGUAACCAUGGUAGCGGAGGCGGAGGUGGCGAGGCCAAGCCGGCAGCGGGGCGUCUGGGCGACCCCGCCCACGCGGACAGUCCCGCGGCGAGGUCCCCGCAGCUGCAGUCCCAGCACGCCGCCAGCAGGGGGCGCGGGAGCACGCCCGACGCCAAGCCGGUCAUCAGCAUCACGUCCCGCCAGCAGGGCCCCAGAAUAGUGGCCCCGCCCUCCUUCGACGGGACGACCAUGAGCUUCGUUGUGGAGCACAGAAGCGGUCCGUGAGAAGUCUUCUCGCUCUGUCCCAGAUCGGCUGGUUUUGUUGCCCCGUUUUUUCCACAACAUUAAUUCCACCAGGAACCAGUGAUCCUUGGUCACCUUCACCAAUCAGAACACCAUCACUUAUCCCGAUUCAUCCCCCCCCACCCCUUCCCUACCCACUUCCCUCUCAUAACACCGCCCCAAACCCCAUCCCAAUGCAUCAGCUUCCAGUUUCUUUUUAACCUUUGCCGCAUGCUUAUAUUUUUUUAAACCUCAACAUUAGAGACUGCUGCUCUCCUGUUAAAAUAUAUCACCUGGCUUUGUAUACGAGUGCAUUCAGUACAGCUUAAGGCUACAUGAGCAUCACUCUAAUCUCAAAGGAAAGUGAAAUACUGCAGCGCUGUGUCUAUUAAAAAAAGAGCCAUUCACCGUUCACGAGCCAAGUCUUCUUCUAUUGCAUUAAACCGAGGAACCUCCCUGCAGACCUGCACCGCUGCGUGGCUGCGGCGCCCAAAGCAGA